AUGGCUUCAUCUCCUCCCGAUUCUCCUUCGCCGCCACCCCGAGAAUCCAGCAAUGGCUGCUCGCCGCGCGUAUUUCCCAAGACUGGCUUUGAGGUCAUUGACCCCGAGUUUCUGGUCGAAGAGGAGAAGCUGCCCACCUACAACGGCGCAGACUACUACCCAAUGCGUCUGGGCAACAUUGUUGGCGGCCACUACCAGGUAGUGGCUAAACUGGGCUACGGCACGACAUCGACGGUAUGGUUGGCCAAGGAUCUUAACAAGAAACGUCUGUACAAAGCGCUGAAGGUACACACCCGCGACGCCGUGUUCGAGCACGAACGUUCCGUGUACGACCACCUCCGGCGGCCGGUACCAACCGAGGUUAAGGAGGGUCAAACGCACCCCGGGCGGGGCCAUGUGCGGGCGAUCGACGAGGUGUUCAUGCUCAAAGGUCCACAUGGCGAGCAUGAAGUGUUCGUGAUGGCGCCGCUGGGCAUGAGUUUGGCCACGAUGCAAAUGCGGCAACGGACGGGCGCGCUUCCGACCAUCUUCGUAACGCAGGCACUUUUACAAACUUUGAUGGGACUGUCACUCCUCCACGAGGCAGACAUUAUCCAUACGGACCUCCACGCCGACAACCUGUUGAUCGCUAUGACGGACGACGCCAUCCUGACCGUGACGGAGGAGAACGAGUUCACGAAACCCUCUCCACGCAAAAUUGUCGGCGAUCGCGUCACACAAGUCUCGCAGUAUGUCCUGGGUGGCGCCGGCCCCUUGACGAUUAGCGAUCUCGGCCAGGCACGCAUCGGUAAAGAGCACACGGGCAUUGCCAUGCCGCUGCAAUACCGUGCGCCAGAGGUGAUCCUCGGAAUGCCGUGGGGGCCGGCCGUGGACCUGUGGAGCAUGGGCGUGCUCGCGUGGUCGCUGUUGGAGCCCACGGGUCUCUUUGACGUGUACGCGGCCAACGACGGCGAAGCAAACAACGCCCACCACCUGGCGGCCAUGACGGCUCUGCUCGGACCGCCACCCAAGGCGUUCCGCGACAAGAGUAUGGCGAGCAGCAAAUACUGGGGCGACGACGGCAGCUGGCAGGGAGCGGUGCCUCUGCCGCCGACAAAACCUCUGGCGGACCGGGUCACGACAGUCGACGGCGAGCAAAAGGCCGGCUUCCUCAGCUUCCUCGAGCUGUGCCUGACGUGGGAGCCCGAGAUGCGGCUCACGCCCGACCAAAUGUACUUUCACCCGUGGCUGCACGGCAAGCCUAUACCCAAGGAGGAACAGGAGGAGGAGGCGCACGCUGCUUAG